AUGUUCAAACGAGGCUUGUUGCUGACUCUCUCACCAAUGGCUUUCAAGUCAGUUUCAUCACGGACCUCAUCGGUCAUGACUCUGGUGAAGAACAAGCAUCAUCAUUGUGUGAAUUUUAAUUUACAAAAUUAUCAUACCGAUCGGGCAUUCGUUCGGAAUGAUUAUAAUAACAUGAGGAUUAAUUCUCAAGAAGAUGAAGAGUUGAAUAGGCUUACACAAUUAGGAAGAAUUCAUGAACAUAAUUUUGAGGGAAUGGAGGACCGUACUGCCAAAUUAGCUGAAGAUUUAUUGAACGGAAGUAGAGUAGCUCUGAGUAAAUCCAUUACUUUGGUAGAAUCAAAAUUGUUGGAACAUCAUAAACAAGCAAGACAUUUAUUGGCAUAUUUGGCAAAAUUGAAACCAAUGAGUGAGGUUAAGCCUUCAUUUAGAAUUGGACUUUCUGGGCCACCAGGAGCAGGAAAAUCAACCAUGAUUGAGGAUCGACAUGAAAAUCUAGCAGUGUUGGCAGUCGACCCAAGUAGUACCAGAACAGGAGGAUCAAUUCUCGGAGAUAAAACUAGAAUGAUAGAACUUUCAAGAAUGGAAGAGGCUUUCAUAAGGCCGUCUCCUUCAUUGGGAUUUUUGGGAGGUGUCACUGCUAACAUGUAUGAAAUUAUUAGUUUAUGUGAAUAUGCUGGCUACGAUAAUAUUCUUGUAGAGACUGUUGGUGUUGGUCAAUCAGAAACAUUGGUGGCAGAUUUGACAGAUAUGGUCAUUUUGGUAGUACCACCUGCUGGAGGAGAUGAGUUACAAGGCAUGAAAAGAGGAAUUGUCGAGGUGGCUGACUUGGUGGUUGUAAAUAAGGCUGAUGGUGACUUAAUUUAUGUUGCACGAAGAGCAAGAGGAGAAUAUCGAAGCGCUCUUCACUACAUGAGACCAAAAUAUCCAGGUGUCUAUUAUCCUGAAGUGGUGUUGUGUUCUUCAAGAAGAGAAAAUCCAAUGGAGGAGACAAAAUUUCCAGUUUCCAAUGUUUGGGAAAAGGCCCUUGCAUUCAGGAAAGUGAUGAAUGAACAUGGUCUCAUUGAGAAGAAGAGGCAAGAACAGAGAAAGACUUGGAUGUGGAAACAAGUCAAUGAGGAAUUAGUGACUCGAUUGUUGCACGGAGAUGAAACAACUUCUAAAUUCAUUACAGGUAUUCAAAAUUAUGUGGAACAAGGAGAAAUGUCACCACGAUUAGCUGCAGAUUGCAUUCUUCAAAAGUUUUUAAAGACUCACAAGUAG